AUGCUAUGGCCUCAGGCUGCUCUCCACACCGGAAACGGCUCCAUGGGCGACGUCGUCUUUGACACCUUGUACAGCUCCAACGUCCCGUUCAUCAACAACGUCACCUACCAGUUAUCAAGGGUAAAAGCCGCAGGAGCUGCUCUUGACAAGACUGGCAAGCCCUUGGCGCUCAUGGGCCACAGCCAGGGCGGCAUUCCUCCCCAUCGUCAAAGCCGAUGCGAGACAAAAUCACAAAGGCACUCACUCGUACUCCUUGUCCCGUCCGAGUCGGCUACCACGGCGUCUACGACUACGGCACAGCAGAGCAUCUGA